CCCCCCUGCUGCACCAUCUGCUGUGACCCCUCACGGUGUGAUGAAGGAGGACGAAAGGGCUGCAGGUUCUUCACUUCUUGGUGGAGGCUGAUCGUAGUACCUGUGCUUAUCAGUUAAUGAGCUCAAUCAGCUCCCAACCCUCCCAUCCGGCCCUUCCCCAUGGCAUGGGGUACUCAGUGCGUGGUGACCUGAGCUGCAGCCCAGGUGCACAAGAGUUGCUGAGGGCUGGGAUGGAAGGACAGGGCUAGAGAGCUCAGACUGGGCUGGACCAGAGAAGGGAAUCAUAGGGGGUACUGCGCCAGGAGGGUUCUGUUUGGCAGGCUCAGGUCCCACUUGUGUGGACUGACUGGGGGGAAAUCAUCUCUGCUCUGUGCUUUUGCCGUGCAGCAGUGCUGCCUCUGCCAGCCUCUCCCUCAGGACCUCCCAGGGUUAAAAGCUGCUCCUCUGCUCACAGGUGCAGGUGGCUCCUCCUGGUGCAGGUAAGACACAUUGGGCAGCACGUGGGGGCAGGGGCAGCUUUUUCCUCUCACCCAGCACUGCAGGUUUGUUGCUGGACACGGAGGUAAGGAGGGCAGAGCCCUGCUUGCAGUAGGAGGCUCAUAGGGCAUGAUGGAGGCCUCUCAGGGUCCCCCCCCUGCAUACUGCAUAGGGACCAUGCCUGUGCUGGCACCCAGGGCUCAGGGUGGUCGAGGCAUUUGUACAGGCUGUGGGAGCUGGUGCUGCCUCCAGCAAAACCACCCAGUCCUCAUUGGGAGAAAUUCCUCCUGUGGUGCUGCCAGCUCCCCCCAGUCCAACCAUCAGGCAGGGACAGAGCGCACCAAGGGCUCAGGAUCCCUCUCCCACGUUCCAGGCUCUGCUGUGCUCACCUGGGGUGCAAAUGGGCUGGUAGAAAUUCAAGGGGAGAGCUGCAUCUUCCUGCAGGAGCAUCUGGUGUCUGGGGUGGGAGCACAGCGUGCCUGGCCUCCUGCAGAACAGAGGGUGGCACAACGCACCCCAAAACACUGGGGCGACGGGAGGGGGACCAAGGUGAAGUGAGGCACCUUCCUUGGUGGGGGAAAGGGGAGAUUUUCCGACCACGUUUCCCCUCCCCUGUACAAAGGGUGUUUGGGGGUGAAGGGUUUAAAUGUCACUGACUGCUACAUCACUCCAGAGCGCAGCGGAGAAAUUAGGGUCUGUCUUCCUGUGAUUGCACAGCAUCCUUGUGCCUCCACACCCAAUGCACAGGGAGAGCCUCACAGGCAGCUCUCCAUCCCUCCCUCCUGCAGAGGAACUCAUGGUUCCCUUCUGCUGCUGCUGAAAUACCACGGGAAAAUGGAAUCACGGAACCACAGGGGUUGGGAGGGACCUCAGGAGAUCACUGAGCCCAACCUCUGCUAAAGCAGUUCCCUGUAAUGGUCUCAGAGGUGGAUGUCCUCACAGGAGACUCCACCACCUCUCUGCACAGCCUGUGCCACUGCUCCGUCACCCCGAUGGAAAGCAGUUCUUCUGCAUCUUAGCACAGAAUUCCCUAUGUUCCAGUUUGUUGCUCCUCGUCCUCUGGUUGCUCAGCACUGAGAGGAGCCUGGCCCCAUCUCUGUGCCUCCACCUCCCUUUAGAGGUUUGUGAACAUUGAUCAGAUCCCCUCUCAGCCUCCUUUUCCUCAGGCUGAACAGCCCCAGGUCUCUUAGCCUUUCGUAUGGACAGGGUCAGCACAGCUCCACAGAGCAAUCAGCAAAACCCUUGGGUCAGGGUGGCAGAAAUCAGAUGUAUGGAAGAAAGUCAGGAGUCCCAGGCCAGCAGAGACCCUGACAGCUCCAUUUGGUUGUGGCUCUACAAACAUAGCGUGGUGAGCCUCCCUCAGCUGGAACCUGGGGUGUUCUGGUACUGGUUAUUGCUAAGCAAAGCACUCCAAAAAGGCAGAGGAAGAGACAGGAUGGAAAAAAGAGUAAUAAUAAUCCCUUUUAGCUGGUGCAAAGUGAUGGCACAUCCCUGGCAGCUGGCAGAGAGCAGGCCUUGUGGCCGUAGCAUCUGGAGAAGGAUGUGGUGUUGUGCAGGAAGCAGGGAAGGGAGCAGGAGUGCAAAUGGGAAGAAAAGAGAUGUGCUGGGUGUUUGAGACAGCGGGUUUGAUGGGCAGGAGGACCCAGGAUGUGUGAGUUAGCCUGGAUGCAAACUGGCCACGGUUUCCUUGGUGUGACUCCUGCAGUCAGAUUGCCAGCACCAAACAGCAUCUUCCUGGACGGUGAAAUCCCACUGUCUGCAAAGUAUUGGCAUGGGAAGCCUUCAGUCACUGCAGAGAUAGGACCACAGCCAUCCGAGCAGUUAAACCCAUACUCUGUAGUCGUUUUUUUACCCUCUCCACCUCUUCCUGCUGCUCUUUUCCGCCUGCAGACCAACGCAGCUGCCCCAUGGCCAGGGGGAACCAGACUCAGGUGACAGAGAUCCUUCUGCUGGGCUUUUCCCAUGGCCGGCCCUUCCUCUUCCUCCUUUUCCUGGCCACAUACCUGGUCACGCUGCUGGGGAACUCUGCAAUACUCGCCCUCGUGCUCCUGGACCCCCAUCUCCACAACCCCAUGUAUUUCUUCCUCAGCCACCUCUCCUGGUUGGACAUCUGCUACUCCACAGCGACGGUGCCCAAGGUCCUGGCCAACAGCCUUCUCCCGCGGGCCGCCAUCUCCUACCGCGGCUGCUUGGCUCAGACCUUCUUCCUGAUGAGCUGCGCGGGUGCCGAGUGCGCAUUGCUGGCCGUCAUGGCUUACGACCGCUACGCAGCCAUCGUGCACCCCCUGCACUACGCACACACCAUGCCGAGGGCUGCGUGCCGGGCCAUGGCUGCGGGCUGCUGGCUGUGGGGAGCGCUGGACUCGGCGGUGCACACGCUGCUGGCCUCCCGGCUGUCCUUCUGCAGAGCCGUUCACCUGCAGCACCUCUUCUGCGACGUCCCCCCGCUGCUCAGGGCCGCCUGCGGCAACACGCGGCCCAGCGAGGCGGCUCUGCACGCCGCCAGCAUCUUCGUGGGCUUCGGCCCCUUCCUGCUGGUGCUCGGCUCCUACCUGCGCAUCCUGGUGGCCGUGUUGGCCGUGCCAGCAGCCGCUGGCCGACGCAAGGCUUUCUCCACCUGCUCUGCCCACCUGCUGGUGGUCACGCUCUACUUCGUGACGGCCAACCUCAACUACAACCGGCUCGGCACCGACGGCUCGCCGCUGGCCGGCGCCGUGGUGUCAGCGUUGUUCUGCAUCGUCACCCCCGCGCUGAACCCCCUCAUCUACAGCCUCCGCAACCAGGAGGUGCGGGCGGCCCUCAGGAGGGUCCUGCGCUGGCGGUGCGGCUCCCGGGGCUGCGGGGCUGAUGUGGGGCUGCGUCCACAGGGAGGGGGAAUCGGGGGGCCGUAGAAUGGCUGAGGUUGGAGGAGACCUUAAAGACUCUCCCGUUCCACCCCUGCUGUGGGCUGGGUGCCCCCCACCAGCUCGGGCUGCCCAGUGGCCCCAUGCACAGCCUCGGGCACCUCCAGGGUGUAAAAGGGAGGAAUUCCAGCAGACUGAGUUCUCUGGUUUAUUCAAAGUUGGGUCACCAGCGCAGUGAAUGUCAACCUAUCUGUGCUUUGUGAUCGCUUACACAGCAUUACUCUUCUGAUUAUGUAGGAGGCUGUGGAUGCCCCAUCCCUGCAGGCAUUGGAGGCCAGGCUGGAUGUGGCUCUGGGCAGCCUGGGCUGCUGGUUGGUGAGCUGCACACAGCAGGGGCUUGGAACUGGAGGAGCAUUGUGGUCCUUUUCAACCCAGGCCAUUCUAUGGUUCUGUGAUUCCAUGACUUUACUAAAGUUUCCAUAGAGUCCUUCAUGUCCUCUACCGAGUCCCAAACAAAUGACUUCAUCAGCACAAUCUGCUUUCUUAGUCUCACUUCUCAGUUCAGUUUUGGAAGUUUAUCUCCAGGUCAUCGUGUCUCGCACUCCGCUUCUUAUGGUUCCAUUCUCCAAAAAACACGGGUUGUUCCAUUAAAGGACUUCAC